AUGGAAAAGAGUGUGUCGAAAGAGAAAGAGAGAUCCAGCAGCAAAGAGAGACCCCAGGAGAGCAAAGAGAGACAUCAUCAUCCCAACCAUCAACAUCAGCCUCAUUCGCUUUCUCACCCCCACUUCCUCCCCACUCACAUUGGUGAGGAGGACCACAGACACAAAACCCCCAACCUUCCCACGGAAUACAGGGACGACCCCGCAAAGCACGGAAACGACCCCUUAAACCAGGGCUCCAAACACAUGACUAACUGUGCUCAACUUAGUAAACUAUCCAAUGGUGACUCUGGGUCUGGGUCCAAGGGCGGGUCCCUGAACAGCUGUGGAGGUGGAGGUGAAGGGGGUAGCAGACCCCAGGGGAGUGGUAGUGGAGGGGCGAGACGAUGCUCCAAGGAAGGUGGUGUGAGCGGGGAGAUGAGGAUAAGUGAAACUCUUCCCUCCUCCUCGUCAGACUGUCUGCGUCGAGCAGCCAUGAUGGGACCCCACAACCCCCAUGCCAUGGCUUCCUACUCCAUGCCGCCCCCGCCCCUUCCUCCACCACUACAUAUGGGGCCUGCUGUGGGAGGGGGCUGGCUGCACCAUCCUCACCACCCCCAUCACCCCACCCUGAGUUCUACUGCCCCCCUCCCCCUGCCCCCCUCACCCUCACCCCCCCUAAAGACAGAGGAUCAGGGAGGGAGGCGAAAGUCUCUGGCCCAACGUACGUCCCCUCAGUCGGGCCUUUUGGGGACAUGGGGUCCCCUGACUGCCGUGGUGCUGGAGGAGGAGUAGGUGGAAGCGGAGCUAAGGAUGUAAAAGGGGCAGAGAAGAGCGGAGGAGGAGGAAGAGGAGGAGGCUCUAGUGAAAGUCUUCAUUCUCUUCUUCAUCCUCAUCAUCCUCAGUCUAGUAACUGCCAGAGGAAGCUGUCGUCCCAGACGCAGCAGCCCCAGCCCCAUCAACAGCAGCUGGGCUACGGCAAGGCAGACAAGCCCCCAGACUGGAACCAGAACCACAAAUACAACCACCACAGCCAGAACUACCAGCCCAACUCCCAGUCUCAGCCUCAGCCCCAUAACCCUAACCCCCAGUCCCACCACCCUAACCCCCAGCCCGGGCCUCGCACCUGCAGCCUAGAGGCCUCUUCCUCCAGGGGAGACUUGGAGGUCCUAGAGGUCUACCGGCCCUCCCUGCCUCUUGAAGCCCAGAGCACUUACCCCGGGGCUGGGCACCACGCCACCAAGACUGGGCCCUACGCCAGCACCCCGCCCUUCCGGGACUGUUCCCACUCAGCUCCUCCUGAGGGAAAGGGGGGGUCGGGGGGGAGUGCCCAAAGAAAGGGGCAGAAGGUUGCUAGGAUAAGGCACCAGCAGCACAGUAGUCAUGGCAGCGGGUCGGGUUCUGAUGGAUCAGGCACUGAGAGGGGGAGAGAGGGGGGGAGGCAGAGCCAAAAUCAGAAUGGUGAGGGUGGUGUUGUCAUGGGGUACGGGGGUCAAACGCCCUCCACACUGCACCCCUGGGGGGUACUGAGAGGUCCCCAAGAGGACGAGAGGAGGAUGUCCCCCCACACAGAGUCCUACCCCGAUAACAGGACUCAAAACCACCAUGACCAACAGCAGUCUAUGACAGCACCUCACCCCUCUCACCCCCACUCUCACCACUCCUCCCACUCCUCCCCCCACCUAGAGGGAGAGAGCAGCGCCAUGAAGAACCUAAUGAACUACAGUUCCCAGCAGCCUUUGCUGCUCUCCCAGAGGAGUCCCUUCGGGGGGCUGGGCUGCCUGAAACAAGGGGGCGAGAGGGGAGUGAAAGGGGGUAGACCCAGCGCCCCUCAGGACCCCCCCAAACAGCCCCUACCCCCUAGGAGAGGGUCCACCAGCGAGGGGGAAAGGAUGGAUGGAGGGGGAAGAGGGGAGAGGGAGACGGGGGAGACACACGGGGAGGGGGAGGUGCGACAGCCCCCUGUGGGUAUAGCUGUGGCGGUCGCCCGGCAGAGAGAGCCCCUCCAACGCCCCUCUGACACCCUCCCAGGACACAGCCGACAGGGCAGGGUGUUGCCCAGCAUCAAAGGUGAGAGCUGGAUCUAUUUAUCUGUAUGUCUCUGUAUUUAUGCACGCAUGUUAGUCUUAGCUUCAGUAUUGGAAUGUUUUUAAAUGUUUUUUCAACUCUUUCAACAGCUGCGUUGUGUUUAGAAAUCUGGCAUGACUUAUUAAGAAUUAUGGCAUAGCUAGGCUAGCUUUGUUUAAGGGUUACCAGAUCUGCUUUCUAAACCCUCUCUCUCCCGCUGUGUGUGUUGCCAGGUGUUUCUCGCUCUGUGUACCCGCUGGGCCGGGAGGCAGAAGAGAGGAAAAGGAUGACCGAGGAGCAGCUGAGCCUUCAUCACCUCGACCGAGACAGAGAACUCCUCAUCAGGGAAAACAAGGAGAGAGGGGAGUUUGCCAGGAUCCACCCAUCCAGCAGUUGCCAUGGUGACCUGACCUCUCACCUUCUGGUGCCCGGCAGGGCCAGCCAAUUAGGUGGAGACCCUUCUGCUCAUGCCCACCACCAUUGGAUGCAGCGGACUGGAAGUCCCUCCCUUUGGAUGGGCCAUUCAUAUGGUGAGCUGAGCAUUCUUGUUUUCCUCAGUACAGUUUCCCCACAGACCAUGACAAACAAUAAUAUUGUUGUAAAACUGUCUUUACACAUGGAUCAGGAAGUGUGGAAAUAACAUGCAGAAACAAACUCAAAGUUCAUGUUCUAAACAUCUGUUUUCUCUGUCUCAGGUCUGAGCCAUGCGGCGCUGCACCAGAGUAUGGGCCCAGGGUUUGGCCCUGGCCUGCCCAGCCCCCUGCAGCCUGUGCUGCCUCUGUCCCAGGACCCCUCUGGCUCCCUGGUGGUCCUGCCCUCGGAGCCUGGAGCACACCACCACCUGGGUAAGACACACAAACACACAUGCAGGCCACGCACGCACGCACGCACGCACACACACGCACACACAUACCCAGCCAGUUAGCCAGCGCUAAAGAUGAACCUCCAUUAGAAUGGUUUGCAUAAUGCUUUACACUCAGAGAGGAGGCAUUAGAAUAUCUGCUCCCAUUAACAGAACCAUAAAACACAGAGUCUCUGACAGAGGGACUUAGCCAACCAUUUUACUAUGAUUAGCUAAUGAUACUAAAAUUCAGGGAGAGAGAUGGCACCGCUUCUCAUGGUUCAGCCACAGAGAGAAAGAUGCAGUGUGUGGGUGUGUGUGGGAUGAGUGUGUGUUGGUGUGUUCCUAUGUGGUGGAGUUUGGCAGUGUGUGUGUGGUGUAGUCAGAUGUUUGUGGUGUGUGUGUGUGUGUGUUACCGCUCCUUUGCAAACAGGCUGUGAAAUGUAAUUAUCUGCCUGCUCCCUUGCCUCGCUCCUUAGGAGUUCCUACAGAGAGGGGAAGUGCAUCCACUGAACCCUUCCCCAGGGAAACAUAAGCCCACUCAGGCUAAUCUCACAGAACAAAGGUUCCCAGCGACUUCAGUGGCAGCCACGAAGGGGUGGGGCAAAUGGGAAUAUAUGUCUUGCCAUGCACAUAAAGACACCACCAUGAGAAACUGAGAGAUAAAGAGAGGGAGAGAGUGAUGUCUGAGGCCACACUGACAGAAACAACACAGCUGCUUCCACACACACACCCUUAUUCUCUUUCUCUCGCUCUCCCUCACUGACUCACACACACACACACUCUCUUACUUGCUGUCUCUUUCACUCACUCACUCAGUCCCUUUCUGAAAGUAAAAUUCAAUCACGCUUUAUCGAUUUGAACAGAACAGACCGAAAAUACCACUAUCUCUCUCUCUCUCUCUCUCUCUCUCUCUCUCUCUCUCUCUCUCUCUCUCUCUCUCUCUCUCUCUCUCUCUCUCUCUCUCUCUCUCUCUAGAUGUGAUGGACCAGUCAGCUUUGUGGCCCUCGGUCUAUGGAGCACGGGGCCCCUCCCCCCACAUGCAGCAUCACGCUGUUUACUCCCGUUUCGCCGUUCCUACGGCAACAGGAGCUCUACGCCCUGCAGCAUCAGCACCACCAGCAACAACACAGGGCCAUGGAGCACAUGCACCGACAACACACACUCUCACAGGUAAACACACACGUGAUUCACAGGUAACACACACACUCUCAACACUCGUAUGUAACUUUUAAUGGAGAGAAUACUCUUAAACACAGUGACUUUUGCUCCUAGUAGCCCAAAUAACCUUUUUACACUGCAGUUUCCCCCUUGACCAUGGCCAACACUCAUGUUGUGAAACUGUCUGCACACAUGGAUCAGGAAGUUAGGAAACAACAUGCUGAAACAAACCCAGAGUUCAUGCUUUCACCAUAUUCAGCAUAUUCAGUUGUAGACUGUUGAUUCUCAACCACAAGAGCCAGAGAUGUUUCAACACAGAGAAAAGGGAAAGCCAGGCUGUUUUUAAAGAGAAAGCAUUUUGUCAAGAGACAAAGGAUCCUAGCAGACUGCCAGUGACCUUUGGCUGGCUGAAAAUGUCUGUACUAGCUUGUGGCGUUCACCCAAGAACCCAUAUUGUGUUCCUAACAUGAUGGUCUGUAGUGAUGCACUGGUUGACUCCUAACCCGCAGUCCACGUGGUUAUAUCCGCGGGGUGGGCGGGUUUAGAGUCAUUAAAUAUUGUGUGGAUGAAGGGUGGAUGGUGGGAGGGUUGAAUAAAGAGGGGGGAAAACAUGAAAAAUGCAUAAAUAUAUCAUUCUUGUGCAAUUCAUAUCUACAGGCUACAUUUAGGUUUUUCUUUCAUUAUUUGUAUCUGGUGUUAGUACGUAGCUAAGCCUGAGCUUUAGGACCUAACUGUACUGCUCCAAAUACAUGGCAAUUGCCAAAAUGCUUUUGGGAACUUGGGCAGAAAAAGUUAACGUCGAUCCACUGAGGCAAAAAGGACAAUGUUGGAGUUUAAUUCAAUAAGAGAACAGCUGCGAAAUGGAGAGUUGAAAAUAAAGAGAAGGGAGGGCCAGAACAGUAUUCUAAUGUUCGGGAAAGAUUUGGUGAAGUGGUAAAAGAGGAUGAUAGCAAUGCCGGCUACGUUAUGUGUGAUGAUUGUGAGUCACAAGACCGGACUUUAAAAUGGCGCGUCAAGGGAACUGUAGGCUACUGUUCAGGUCGGUUAAAUGGAAUAGUAGCCUAACUGAAAUCUGGACACUGCCUGUAGGUCAAUAACCUCUCACAUAGCCUAAUAUAAUAUUAACUCUUGCAGAAUUAAGCAUUUCUGGCAUUAAAAUUAUACACCAAAUGUGAAUUUUUACUCUGGAACAGGAGUGGAGAAAUAUGAUUUCUUUCUUUCAGCAUCUUGAGAGACUGAAUGUGCGGUUAGGGACUGUCUGUAAAGGUGGCGGUACUAUCUUUAUCAGCAUUAUAAAAGCUGAUCAUAUAUGCAUCCAAGCCGAACUGAAAUCUUAUCAAAAACAUGUUGGGUCAUUUUAACAGCUUUUAAUUUCCUUAAAACCGGUCAAACUGAUGUAAUUUGCAAAUUUUGCAUGGAAAUCUUUCCCGUUUUUUGGGGGUUAUUGCAUUUUCUCCCCGGUCCCUAAACGUCUUCGCUGCGCGAGAGAAGCAGAGACGUAAGAGGAAAGACUAAACAAACUUUACAGAUGUCAACUAGAUUGAAGCAUUCAUUCUAUCGAUUUAUGACAUUAUUCUGGUGAGCAAGGGUUUAUUUAGACUUUUAGGACAUGGUUUCCCAAACUCGGUCCUGGGGCUCCCACUGUGUGCAGGUUUUGGUGUUUGCCCUAGCUGAUACAAAUAAUCAAAACUUGAUGAUGAGUUGAUUAUUAAAUCAACUGUGUAGUGCUAUGGCAAAAACCCUGUUCUAGGGCAACAAGUAAUGACAGAAGAGAAGCUGCAUGUAUCUAAUUAUAGGCAAGUUGCCUAACAAAUAGCCUACCAAAAUGUUGGAAAUUAGAAGCAGAAAUAUAGGCCUAUCUAAAAAGGCCUGUCCAAAAAUCGUGGAUUAUUAACAAUUGCGUGCGGGUGAAUAAACAGCUGACCCGCGCAUCACAAAUGGUCAGGGUUUUGAAGGAAUACAGUAUGUGGCUAUUCUCUAAGGCUCAAAAUAGAUUGAACUUCUUUCCCCUCUCUCUCCCACCCAUCGUUUCUCUCUCCCCCCUCCACCUCCCAACAGAGGAAGGCAGAGGACACCACUAUCACCAUUGACGACCCUCCUCUCCACGAGACUUCGAGAACCUCCCGUGCUGCUAAGCCCUUCUCCCAUACCGCUCCCUCCAAGACCACCACUCCCUCCCAGGGUGUGUGUCCCAGCAGCCGCCAAUCACCCUGCUGUAACUCCCCUUCCAGGAGACCACACCCCCAUAACCGUUUAAACCCCGCCCCCAGCCCUGUGGCUGCAGCCCCGAGAUCCCCAGCUCUAAGCCCCGCCCCCUCACACCUGUUGAAAGGAGUGGAAAGAGGGGAAAGAGGAGAGGGGCAGCCUCCUCAGGAUUACCCACAAUCCUUAGAGCCAGGUGAGUUUGGAUCGAUGGACUGAUGUCUGAGCUGUAUGUUUCCUGGCGCACUCUGACCCUGUCACACACAAGUAGCCUACGCACUCUCUCCCAACUCUCUCCCAUUCUUAAUUUUACUCACAAAUAUGCACCACACACACUCCCUCUUUGACAAACACUUGAGCUUUAGUCUCUGGCACUUUCUCCUGCACUGUGUCUUUAUUUCUGAUAUAGUAUUCAUCAACACCACCUAAUAAACCGAAAGACACAUAGCGGUCUUAUCCCUUAUUCCCUCUGCUCUGUGGAGGAGAGAGGAGAAACACUGGAACAUUUCAUCAGUUCCCAAGGUUAGGGUCUGUACCAGCCUCCAUUUACUACUGAGAUCGAGGAGGAGGAGGAGGGAGAGAGAGGGAAAUAGGAGAGAGAGCGAGAAUGUGUGUGAGAGAGAAAGCAAGAGAAUGAGAGGAGUAGAGGGAGAGAGAAACAUUUAUAGAGAAUUGGUGAAAGAAGGAUAUGGAAAGAAAGGAGGAGAACAGAUAGUAGACGGAGAACAGAUAGUAGACAGAGACGUUGAGAGACGAAGAUGCCGCAGGAAAGAUAAGAAACCUUAGUCUGUGAAGCCUGUUAUUCUUUGAUUCUGCAAAGAACGUUUGAAGCAAGGAUGAACCCAUAGUCUGUGUGUUGAAUGUGCGUGUGUGUACUAAUAUGUACGAGGUCAGAGACAUUUCUGAUGGACCCUCCUUAUCCUUCAGAGGUCCUUGAAAGACAGCAGGCGGAAGGAUAUGCAAUCAUCUGGCGGCGUUGUCAGGGGGCGGAGGGAUACCAUCAAUAACAGAGUUGUGGGGUGACAGGGUCGGCACUGCAAUCACAGCCAGACAGCAGGAUGUCAUCAAUAUCCCCUACACAUACACACGGACAUAUAGCCUAGAUGCACAAAUUGCUGCUGCUGGGAUACCCUAUUUCUUGCUGCCUGUAGACUACACUUGCUGUAUCAAUGUUUCCUCAACUAAAGCUCUGUUGCCUUUUUGAUUGAAUGAUUGAUUGUUUAUUAGUCACUCUUGACUAAAGGAGUUUAUUUUCUUUCUCUGUCUCAGAUCUUCCGCCAGGUUACACCUAUCCAGAAAUUGCCAUGGGUUACAAGGCUGGUCCUUCCCCAGAGGAGGCCCGAUUGGCUGAACAUGCUGAUCUGGAGGUGGAGCCAGCUGAACCCUGUCCUAAGCCCCGCCCACACACCGUGAAUAUUUUGGAGGAUGAGGAGGUGAAAACGGAGAAGAAGGAGAACGGGUGUAAAGUUGUAGAAAGGGAACGAGAAGGAGCAGAGGUGGAGGGGCAAGCAGUAUCUGAGCCCCCACUAUUUGGCAGUGGAGUGAAGACUCCUGAAAUGGUGUCUUGUCCUGCCCAAGUUUCAACCUCAGCCUCAUCCCCAGUCACACUUCCAGCUCCAUCUCUAGCCCCAGUCUCUGCUUCUGAGGAUGCCCAGAAAGGAGAGGUCUCUGUGGGCAGCCUGGCCCAGCCAGCUGGCUUGAAGGACCCACAACCAGCACAGGCGAAGAAAGAUGAGGAGAAAGAGGAAAGUUCAGCAGAGUUGAAAAAUAACCACCUACCAGAUUGUACUUUUUCCCUGCCUCUUGAGCUAACUGGACAUGGGGAGAAGGAGGAGCGAGAGAAGGGUGAGGAGGUGGAGGAGAAGAAGGAGGAGGAGGGAGGUAGGAUGAGUACGAGUGAAGCCUCUGUGGAGUUACUAAGCAGACCCUGGCCCUCUCCAGCCCCAACACCAACCGCAGCCGCAGCCUCCACCCUCACCCUCAGUGAUGAUCCCUGCAUCUGGAGUCUGGAGCUUCUUAUUGCCGCAGCAUUGUGUGCCACCCGGGAUGCCCGCUACCCCCCUGUGCCCCCCUCCAACACACCCCUGCCCGCCCCGUGCCCACUCCCACACCGAGGCAUGGAGAUACUGGGAGAGUUGGCUGAGCUGGGGAUACUGCAGAGGAACAGGGAGAAGGAGAGAGAGACAGGAAGUGAGUGGAUAGAGAAUGUGUGAGAGCACACACAUUCACACACACACACAGACAUGCAGACGCAGAGACAGAAAUACAGAGGAGCAGAGAGAGAAACAGAGAUGGUAGAACUGAGUGUGGAACCCAGAUGUGCAUGCCACACACACACACGCAACGUCCCCACUGACUGUCCAGCUUCCUUCCUCUGUUCUCUCAGAGCCUCUGUUCAAGUCCAAAGAUCAAAUGUUUCCCUGGGGGAGGAGAUGUGGUGGUGAGGGAGAGUGGUUUGGAGUGGUAGGGGGCAAAAGAAGGGAGGGGGAUGGAUAGGAGAAUGAAAGAAACACAAUACAAAAGUGUAAGUGUCUCCUCCCUCCCUCCCUCCCUCCCUCCAUCCCUCCAUCCCUCCCUCCCUCCCUCCCUCCCUCAGGCUCUGGAGUGUGGCUUGGCUAAUUAGAAGCUCUUGUUUAAAACACUUCUUCUUUAAACCGUUCCUCUUUUCCCUCUGAGAGAAGGUGUUUUUAUUUACGCGUGUGUGCGUGCGUGUAAGCUAUUAAGUAAUCCCAGAUGAAUCCCUGUUACACUCCAUCAGCAUCUGUGUUUCUCUUCACCACACUGGCUGCGCUUUUCUCCAUUUGUUGUUCCCCUCCCCCACUUUUUUUUCAUUUAUAAAAAGCGAUGUAAUCUUCUGUGUAAAUCCUUCCUUAGCAAGCCCUGAUGACAGAAUUAAUAAGUGCAAAAAAUUAUAACGCGCAGCACAGCUGUGUGUGUGAUUGCAUGUGUGUGUGUGUGUGUGUGUGUGUGUGUGUUUAUGCCGGCGUGUGGGCGGAAGGCAUCUACCUAAGUGCAAAAAAUUAUAAGGCACAGCUGUGUGUCUGUGUACGUGUGUGAGCGUGUGUGUUUACGCCUGCCUGUGUGUGUGGCUGGCGGAAGGCAUCUAUCUGUGGCAGCCGCCCUUGGGUAGGCUAAACUAGGCCUGUUAAUGUCAGCGGUGAUGUCAUCCAGUCAGGGGUAACCAGAGCCUCUCAUUGGCCCAGAGUUCUGACAGACGAGACUCCACUCCAGGACUGGACAGGAGAGAGAUCCAUCCCUCAACUCCUCCCUCCUAUCCCUCACUCCCUCUCUCUCUUUUUCUCUCUCGCUCUCUCUCUGAGGGGAAUGGUUCAUUCAUUUAUAUAUUUAUUCAUUUGCUCAUUCUUUCAUUCACACUUUCUCUCCAUCCACCCAUCCAUCCACCCAUCCAUCCCUUCCUUUCUAUUAUUGCUCCCUGCCUUCCUCGCUUUUAAUAUAUUCUGUUUACCCUGCCUGUUCUAUGGUUUGAGCUCAGGUACACACAGGUUUUUAAUAUUGUCAGUGAAUAGCCGUUCAGCUCCAGUGGUCCAGCUUUGAGUGGGUCUGUAGUAAAACCAGACACUGCUUCCUUUUGGCCUAGCAGACACAUUUCUUUCUCCUCAAUCGCCCAUCUCUCUUCUCUUCUGCUCUGUCAUCUAGCCUUGUUCUCUCUUGCUCACUCGCCUUCCUUCCCUCUGUCUUCUCCUUCUUUCUCUUGCUAUGCCACCCUCUCUUCCCCUCAUCCUCUCUCUCGAUCUCUCGCUCCCUCUCCAUCUUCCCCUUCUCUCUCGUUCUCCUUCUCAGUAGACUGAGUCAGUCCCCUUUCUUCCCCUCUUCUCUCCUCCCCCUCUCCUCCCCCUCUCCUCUCCCCCUGUAGGGUAAAUUGGAUUGUGUCCAUGUUGGUAAUGAGGAGAUGUAGGAGAAUAAAUAGAUAUCUCAAUAAACACGUUGCCUCUUCUUCCUUCUCCUCUUCCUUCUCCUCCCUUCACCCACUCCUUCCCUCCCUCCCUUUGUCUUCAUCAUCCUCUCUCUCCUUCUUCUCUCGCUCCUUUUCUCUUGCACGCAGCAAUAUGACUGUGUCUGUGCAGCUCAGCCUGUGUAUAUGUGUGUGUGUCUGGGGUAGCUGGUCCCUCAUGAAUAUUCUAGUUGAUCUGCAGGCGGUGACAAUGACAGAGUUAAUGACAGUGAUAGAUGGGGAGACAGUACUCCUUUAGCGCUCUCCCUCUUUCUUUCUCUCCGUCCGUCUACCUUUUUCCCUCUCACUCAGCCGAUGAGUGAGUGUGUGUGUGCGUGUGUGGUCGUGCGUGCGUGGUCAUGCGUGCGUGGGUUGGUGUGGGUGUGAAGGCUAUAAGUUAGCUUGUAAAUCACUUGUUUAGCUUGUAAAUCACUUGUUUAGUGGGCAGCAAUAGGACAAAUCAUGUCAUAUUAUCUUCACACCACUUUUUGACCCAUCUCCAGCAAGAAGUAACGUUUUUCCUCUCUCUUUUUCAGGUGAGGAUGUUUUGACCUUUGACCUGCUUAGCCUGGCGACACUGGCUGCGGCCCGCAGUCUGGAGCUGGGGGGAGGAGCUACAGGGAGGGGGGAGGUGCAGCACUGUACCGUCAGAAGGACCCUCAACCUGCGACGGAAAUGUAGCUGGAUGCCUCGCCACGAGCCGGUAUGUGUAUAUGCCAAAACAUACAUAGAACUGUAUACACUCACAUAGAACUGAACACACACACUUUUACUUCUAAUGCACAUGUACAGUAUGAACUCUAUAUACAUACACACAGAUACAAAAGCAACACCAACAAGCUCGCACAGUUUCACUGCAGAAUGAGACGUUUUUCCACGUUUCUCCAAACUCAAAUUUGGAAGUUGCUCAAAACGUCAAAUUUCGAAGUUGCAAAGAUGAGUGCUUAUCACUGGGAUUGAACACGCAACCGCUGGAGUUCGCAGAUUACGCCCAUCCGCCACCCAUGUCCACAACACCCUAGCAAAACCCUUGCCUAUUUGAUGGUAAUAGCGCUCACUGUUGCCCCUAGUGGCGACGUCCUGUAUUUAGGCACAUAGCUCCCGCAUGAUCUGUAUUUUUGCCCUUAGAGGAUGGUUUUGGCGGCGUCUCCCGACGUCCUGGGGACCUGCAAAAACAUCAAAUUUCAACUUGAAUCUGGAGUGAUCUCUCUGAACAACACAGUCUACUAUAUAUUUCAUGUCUGUCUGUAUUGCAGGUGUGUCCGGUGAAGGGUGCCAUGGAGAUGAUGGAUGAGGCGGAGCUAGCGAUGCGAGUGCAGCUAGCGGAGAUCCAGAGACGUUACAAAGAGAAACAGAGAGAGUUAGCCAAGCUGCAGAGAAAACAUGACCACCAGAAAGCAGAGACCUCUCACAGCCCUGUUCGCAGAGGGCCUGGUCGCCCCCGGAAACGCAAGUCUACCCCCGGUCCCAGCGGCUCAGAUGGCCCCAAGAGACUCAGGUGAGUGUCUCCACAGGGAUUAUUCUAUCCAGAUACACUAAACGUACAAAAGUAUGUGGACACCUCCUCGUCGGACCUCUCAUUCCAAAUUCAUGGGCAAUAAUAUGGAGUUGGUACCCCCUUUGCUGCUAUAACAGCCUCCACUCUUCUGGGAAGGCUUUCCACUAGAUGUUGGAACAUUGCUGCAGGGACUUGCUUCCAUUCAGCCACAAGAGCAUUAGUGAGCAUGAUUCAUCACUCCAGAGAAUGCGUUUCCACUGCUCCAGAGUCCAAUGGCGGCGAGCUUUACACCACUCCAGCAGACGCUUGGAAUUGCGCAUGGUGAUCUUAGGCUUGUCUGCGGCUGCUCGGCCAUGGAAACCCUCAUGAAGCUCCAGACGAACAGUUCUUGUGCUGACGUUGCUUCCAGAGGCAAUUUGGAACUCGGUAGUGAGUGUUGCAACCGAGAACAGACGUGCUACACGCUUCAGCACUCGGCAGUCCCGUUCUGUGAGCUUGUGUGGCCUACCAUUUUGCGGCUGAGCCAUUGUUGCUCCCAGACGUUUCCACUUCACAAUAACAGCACUUACAGUUGACCGAGGCAGCUCUAGCAGGGCCGAAAUUUGAUGAACUAACUUGUUGGAAAGGUGGCAUCCUAUGACGGUGCCACGUUGAAAGUCAAUGAGCUCUUCAGUAAGGCCAUUCUACUGCCAGUGUUUGUCUAUGGAGAUUGCAUGGCUGUGUGCUCGAUUUUAUGCACCUGUCCGCAACAGGUGUGGCUGAAAUAUCAGAAUCCACUAAUUUGAAGGGGUGUCCACAUACUUUGGCAUAUAUAGUGUAUAUUCACUUAUAUGGCUUUCAUAGAAGAAUUGUUCCCUGAGAUGAACCUUGUUGAGAAUCUUUAUGAAAGGAACUGCUACUGCAGAGAGGAGGAACUCUCUCUCUCACUCGCUCGCACACACACAAACACACACGUACUGAGCAUAUGAGUGUGUGUGUGUGUGAACCCUGGUAGUAAACCCAGUGUGGUUUCUAAAUGAGAGGAGUUAAUAGAUUAAUCAGCUCAGAGGAGAGACUCAUUAAUCAUCAUUAAUCACAUUUAAUCAUAUUUAUCACAACCAUUGAUUAUGUCCUGACUCCCUCUCACCCUCAGCACAUAUUAAUAUGGCUGGACAAAGUCCCCAUGUAAACUUAUCACAGUGAUGAAUGACUCUACAACCUCCUCUUCUAACACAUACACAAAGGCAUGCACGCGCACACACACAUGAUUACAAAGCAAACCCCCUAAUGCCCUACACAUGCUCUCUCUCAAACACACACACACACACACACACAGUGUUACAUUCCAGUGUUAAGUCAUCAUAUUGAUGAAUGUGUUUUCUGGCUGUGCUCCACCUCUGAUAGUGCGUGUUCCCCUCGCUCUGAUAAACUGAUUAAACAAACUCAAGGUUUAUCACGGUUACCACACUGAUUACAACGCACUAAUGAAAAACAACAAAACACAGACAAACACACACACACGCAAAAACACAUACACACAUUGCAUGCAUUUACAUACUGCACAGAUAAAUGCAUCGACGACACACACACAGACAUAUUUGUUUAAUUACUGGAGCUGGCUGGUAUGUGACAGGGUGUAUUUUUAUCUUCAUUAAUGAGCGUGGUAUCAAUAGUGUAUUCCUUCAUCUCUGAGGGUGGGGGGGGGGGGGGGGGAGCUGCAAGAGGUAGACAUUUCUCUAGCGACUGGUCUGUUGGUGGCAGUACAAGUUGGCAGCGGUGUUGGAGAGAGGGGGAAGGCUGCUGUUAUUGUAAUGUAAUACUCUGUUAGGGCUGGGACCUCACAUUACGAUAUUAUCACAAUACUUUGGUGCCAUUACCAUAUGUAUUGCGAUCCGGUACUGUGAUUUUAUUGCGAUUUGAUGUUCCAAACAUAUUGCUCAUACCAUAUCUGCUGCAGGGACAAGAGUGAGAGCAUGAGAAAACAACAAGUUUUGAUCAGUCAUGGAAAUAAAAGUGCUGAAAACAAAUUGGCUCCCUAUAGAGAGCAAUAGUAAUGGUGUCUUUUUGUAGGCACUAACUCCGCCAUAGUUCGUUGGAUAAAGCCUAUGGGAAAAUGAAUGGAGUUUUUGUAGGGUUUUUGGAUAAACAUAGAAAAUAAGGUCUGUGGUAAGCACAGGUUUAGGAGAUCUUAUAUGUUUUGUUCUAUGAGAUCAUCUUCAUCAGCUACGUCACUUUUUGUGAAUUUUGAAGCAUUUAUGUAAUCAAAACAAGCACAUAAAGGCUCCAUAAUUCAUAAAGGUCAUGUUAACUGAUUGAUAUUAUCUCAUAGAACAAAACGUAUAAGAUCUCCUAAGCGUUUAUCCCAAAACCCUAUUAUUUUUCCCGUUCAUUUUCCCCAUAGGAAUGGCUGAAUGAACCAGAUGUAACUAAUUUCCGAUUUUUAGGACUACAAGCUGACAAGCUAUAUUUAAAAAGAAGAUGGAGAACAAGCUAUGAAGGAAAAAUACUGGAGGUUUGGUGCAGGUAGAGCCAACCAGCACAAAAAUAAUAUUGCAAUAUUGUCAAAACGAUAUGAUUUUUACAUUUUACACAUUUAGCAGACGCUCUUAUCCAGAGCGACUUACAGUUAGUGAGUGCAUACAUUUUUCAUACUGGCCCCCCGUGGGAAUUGAACCCACAACCCUGGCGUUGCAAGCGCCAUGCUCUACCAACUGAGCUACAGGAGGCCUACGAUGCGAUAUAUCGUCAAAAAUAAUAUCCCGAUAUGUAACUGUAUCGAUUUUUUCCUCCCAUCACUAUUCUCUGUGGAUUUACAUUAUUCUACGUCAACUGACUGCCCUUCUCCCCUCUUCACACACUCUCCUUCCAGUGAGGAUGUGACAGAGGGCUGGGGCUUAGGGCUGACUGGAGGUCAAAAGGUCAAAGGUUGUAAGGGGUGAUGGCGACAGGCAGGUUAGGGCUGGGCCAUGGAGGGUUGACGUGGGGGAUGGGUAUGGGGGACGUGGGAGUUUGUUAGGGGGAGUUUAGGGGGUUUCAGGAAGCUGCCCACUGGGCACACACUGGUUGAAUCAACAUUGUUUCCAAGUAAUUUCAAUGAAGUUACGUUGAACCAACUUGGAAUAGACGUUAAAUUGACUUCUGUGCCCAGUGGGUGGCUUCUCUGUAGAUCUUAACUUCAGCAGAACAGUUUUGUCUGACUGUCUGAAAUGACCAACUCAACCACCUCGUAUUUCUCUCAGGUUUCACAUUACAAAUCCUAUCUUACCCUCCUCUUUUUCAUGCUCCUCCUUUCCUCCACUCAUUCCCUGCUUUAUCCUCUCAACUCUCCCACUCCUCUCCUCUCCCUCCCUUCUCCCUUUACUCCGCUCCUUCCCCAAAUCUAUCUCCCUCUCUUUUUCUUGAUGGGAGAUGCUGAGCACUCUGUGGGAAUAUAGGAUUCACCUGCCUCAGACACCAGCUGCUCACAGCAGUGUGUGUGUGUAUGUGUGUGUGUGUGCACUUUGAGAGAGAGAUAAAGAGAGAGAGACAGAGACAGAGAGAUAAAGAGAGAGACUGGGGAGAGAGAGAGAAAAAGGGUAGAGAGAAGAGUGGUGUUCAAUAGAGGUUAGUGUUUAUCGAUCCAGCCCUGGAGUGCAGGUCAAUGGACAGACUCCCCUGAGACUGCCUCGCCUCUCUCUCUCUCUCUCGCUCUCUCUCUCUCGCUCUGUGUGCUCUCUUUUGUUAGCUCUCUCUUUUGCUCCCUCCAACUCUCCCCCUCCUGGCUCCCCCUCCUGGCUCCCCCCUCUCUCUCUCGCUCUGUUUUUCUUCAGUAGCUGUCUCGCCAGCUAUUUCUCCCACUUUCUUGUGGUGAUUCAGCAGGGUCUCAUAUUCACACUCCUCUUGGAUAUUUCAGAGUUUACCGACAGAAUGCUCUCUCUUCCAAACACAGCCUCCAUACGGGAAAAUAACCCCCCUCCCCCCUCUCUCUACUCAUCAAAGGCCAGAGAGAGAGAAGGAAAAAAAGAGAAAGAGAAAGCAGAAGAGCUCUUGAAAGAGGGAGAGAUAGAGAGGAGAGAGAGGGCAGAAAGACAUGACCUUUUCUUUAAUCUUCUUCAGCCUUUUUGUUUGCACCUCUCCAUCUUCCUCCCUUUUCUAAAAUCCAUCUCUCUCUCUUCUUCAUUUGUUUCAGGGCGGCGGAUGUGGAAGCAGAAGGGGGCGGAGAGAAGCGGAGGAAGAGGAUGACCAAUCAUGGCUUCCUCAAGAGGAGGAGAGGUCGUCCCAGCCUGAGCUCCAGACUAGCACGGAGGGUGACCCAGUUGAAGCAGAAAGGCUGUGGCCCAGAGAGGUGCACCGUCAGGGGGCAUGCACCGCCGCAGAGGGGACCCUAGACCUGUAGCCCACGCAAACUGCAGAGAGAGUGACACAGGUAAAACACACACAUGCACUCCACACAUGCACACAUGUAUGUACACAUACACACAGGUACACACACACGUAAACCUUGUACCUCAUACACUCCCUGACACUAACACCCAUGUCUCCAUGUCCACCCAGCAGCCAAUACAUCCAGUACCCAGCAGGACUGGGUGCCCAAUCAGGUGGUGAGGAGGAGGAGGAGAGGUCGGCCAAAGGUCAAACUGAGCGGACCAUCGACCAGAGUCCUCCGCAGAGUGGGCAGGGCCUCUGUGAACCAGGAAGUGAACGAGGGGAAGAGCAACAGCGAGACCUCCGGCCAGGGUGAGUUACGUCUCAGUGAGAUGUCUCCUAGCUGUGUGAGUGUGUGAAAGUGUGUGUGUGUGUGUGUGAAAGUGUGUGUGUGUGUGUGUGUGUGAAAGUAAGAGUGUGUGUAAGUGAGUGAGAGUGAGUGUGUGAAAGUGUAUGUGUGUGUGUGUGUGUGUGUGUGUGUGAAAGUGAGAGUGUGUGUAAGUGAGUGAGAGUGUGUGUGUGAGUGUGUGUAAGUGAGUGAGAGUGUGUGUGUGAGUGUGUGUAAGUGAGUGAGAGUGUGUGUGUGUGUGAAAGUGUGAGUGUGUGUAAGUGAGUGAGAUGUCUCCCAUCACGGUGGCCUCCUCUCACUUCCCGGCUCGUCUGUCACACCAUUAAAACCGUUAACGGCUGCCCACUGGCAUGCGGCCCCCAAAGCCGCACUGUAACGUGAACCCCUCUAUCGCCUCUUUUAGAAUGUCACACCCCUGUCACCCCCCUGCACCCCCUCAAUCCAACCAGUAGAGACACAAUGUCCCCCUUCCCCAAUAAUCUCAAAUUAACAUUUCAUAGAAAUAAAGUCAACUCAUUGAAGUGGCCGUUAGGUCCUGUGUGUGUGUGUGUUUGCCACUAUCUGCCUGUCCCCUCGCGGCAGCGUAGUGUUUGUGAUGUGUGUGUGUGUGUGUGUGUGAGAGAGUGUUGACGAGAACGCUGAGUAAGUGACAAGUGUGUCAGCAACAUGUCGACACCCGACACGACCCACAGUCAGUCACACACAGCUGGCAAUAAAGAUGUUGCGUGUUUGCAUGUGUGCGUGCGUGAUUAUUUGUGUGUACAGUAUGUGUGUGUGUGUGUGUGCUUAUGCUUGUCUGUGCAUGAGAAAGAGAGAUAACCAUUGGGUCCAUGCAUUUCUGGGUGGCCAACUGACCAUAGUAGUGUGUUCGAUAUGUAUGCACUGUUUGUGUGGUGUCUUCACUGCCUAUCUGCUAUGUGUUAGUUUAUUGCCUAUAGGCUAUAGGCCACUGAGUUGUGGAUGCUAAGUUGUGGAUAUACAGUGUGGUCUGGAAUUAUUGGCACCCUUAAUAAAGAUGAGCAAAAAUGACUGUAUAAAAUAAAUAAUUCAAAUACUGAGCUAUAUUGUAUGCUCAAAAAAAUUGGUAAGUUAUAUUAUUUUAUACUAAUAUAAUUGCUCAGAGAAAGCGAUUUUGUUUAACAAGUAAUACUUUUUUGUUUAAGAAGGUAGGGGUCAAACUUAUUGGCACCCCUGUUUUCAAUACCUUUCAAUACCUAGGGGUUCUUUUCUGCUCAUGCAUUCUAAUUUUGACGUCAAACCCACCACUGGUGUGCGUCCCCAGAGAGCUCUAUUUUCAUGUCAUCUGACCAAAGCACUGCUUCCAAUCCAAGUGCCAAUGCUGUUUUGCAAACUCCAGGUGUUUACAUUUGUUGGAUGACAUGAAAAUAGAGCUCUUUGACCACGCACACCAGUGGUGGGUUUGGCGUCCAAGUGAGAAUGCAUGAGAAGAAAAGAACCCCAUGCCUACUGUAAAAUAUGGUGGUGGAUCUUUGAUGAUAUGGGGCUAUUAUGCUUUAACUGGUCCUGGGGCCCUUGUUAAGGUCACCGACAUCAUGAACUUUACAGUACCAGGAUAUGUUAGCCAUAAACCUGGUUGCCUCUGCCAGGAUGCUGAAACUUGGCCACAAGUGGAUCUUCCAGCAAGACAAUAACCCUAAAUUUACAUUAAAAUCCACAAAGAAAUGUUGCAAUGGCCACCUGUCUCUGGACUUGAAACCAAUUGAAGACCUGUGGUUUGAAUUGAAGAGGGCAGUCCAUAAGCACAGACUAAGGAUAUUGAGGAUCUGAAAGGAUUCUGUAUAGGGGAAUGAUCUAAGAUCCCUCCCAAUGUGUUCUCCAACUCAUAAAACGUUUUAGAAAAAGGCUCAGAGCCAUUAUCCUUGGAAGGUGAGGUCAAUAAUCUUUACCACUACCUUUUUGAGGGAAACAUGUAUUACUUGUUGAACAGAUCUCUUUCUCUGAGCAAUUGUAUUAGUAUAAAAUACUAUAAUUUCCCGCCAAAAAUGGAACAUACAAUAUAGCUCAGUAUUUGUAUUAUUUAUUUUAUACAGUCAUUUUUGCUCAUCUUUAUCAACGGUGUCAAUAAUUUUGGACUCCACUGUAGCUACACUGUCUUUCAAUAGAGCCUGAGCUUGAGAUGGUCGUGUCACAACUGAUCUGCAGACAGUUUCUAAUCGAUUUUAUUGAUCCCUUACUUCCACAGAGGAGGAAGAGGAGGGGGGCUAUGAAAGCGACAAAGGAACCAAUGACGUCAAGACGACGACACCAUCCUCCAAAGACACGACAAUAAACACUGCUGCGAUUGGCCCAGCCACUAAGCUUCAAGCCAAUCAGAAAGCCAGGAGCAAGAAGGAGAGGCAAGGUGAUGAUGUGAGCAUGCCCAGUGCGGAGCUGAGGAUGAGAGGAGCCCCCUGCAGGCCGCGCCCUGCUUCUGCAGACCAUAGAUACCCAGAGCUCCAGGAGCCACAGGGGGCUAGGAGAGGACCUGCACACAGCUGGAGGGCCUCGUCAGUGGGCAACAGCCUACAGGACAGCAGGGGGAUCCAGGGAGCUCUGGCGGAGGCUGAGAUGAAGAGUUCAGGACCACAAAGCAUUCUGGGACAGGUGAGGAGGGGGAAUGGGAGGACCUGGGGGGAGGGACUUUGGGUCUCUAGGUUAAUCAAAAACGGCUUCCUCUGUUAAAAUCUCCCUCAACUACUUGAGGCUGUUAAAAUGCACGUGUUACGGUGUCUCCCUAGCUACAUGGUGAUCAUGAUCAUUGUCUAUAAUGCUAACCUGACCUGUUUGUUUGUUCCAGAGGAGAGGCUGCUGGCUGGAGGCUGAGACCCAGAGAGAGGACACCAGCAGGGGCAGGAGGAGCAGGAAGAAACCGGUGAGGAUGGGGGUCAGAAUGGGCAUGGGUGGAGGGGGAGGGGGUGGGGGGGUAUGAGCAAAGGAGGGAUAGGGGCAAACAGAAAGAGGCAGUGUGGAACAGGAAAUGGCAGUUGGUGGAGAGUCCUGAGCAGGAACAACAGGUAGAGUAGAAGAGAGAGGAAGAGUGGGCAUGGAGGAAUGGGGAGAAGGUACAUUACGUAACUGGAAAGGUGAUAUAAAUGUGCUUUGACGAAUUUCCUUGCCAGCACCCAUAAAAGUCUGAAGCUAUGGCAUGACCUAUCUUACCAAAGGCAUUAUUACCUAACUCUACAUGAGCUGAUCAGUUUUAAACAACCUGUGAACCUGUCAGCUGGUGAGAUAUACGGUAGAUGAAUAAGGUGUGUGUGUGUGUUGCGUAAACACAAGUCUAGUGUGUUUUUGUGAGAACAGUCCUGAGGUGGGUGUCUCUGACUGAUCCUUAUCAUAGUCAUAUGGAGGGAAUGUGACAAACACAUGACUCUAAGCAAACAGCACGGAACAAAAACACCAAUCUACACACACAUACUUACAUGCACGCACGCGUACUAAAUACACAAACACACUCGUUCAUGUACGCAUACACACUAUACACACACACCAACCCAGAGAGGUGAGUAAUCUUCCAUACCCUCUGGUGAUGAAACCUCUGUCACUGUAAUAUAUGGUCCCUUCAUGUGGAAAACUCCCAUAGAAACACAGACACACACACACACACACACACACACACACACAUACCCUUACACACACAUCUUUCAGGCAGUAAUAUAUGGUCCUUUCUUUGGAAAGCCCAGAUACAGGCAGAAACCUGUUGAACAGGCUGAUUUUACAGCUCCAUCAUCAGUCAUCAGUCAUCAUUAGGAAACCAGCUUAAACCGGAAUAGGACAGGGGCUGGUGUGUGUGUGUGUGUGUGUGUGUGUGUGUGUGUGUUUUGUGCGGGCGUGUGUCGGUGAAGAGGUGUUGGUGGACAGGGAUAGUUUUGACAACAAAAUAUGGCAGAGGUUACAGGGUGUGCAUGCUUUUGUUCUAGGUCUGCACUAAAAUACCAAAUUCAUUGAUGAGCAAUGACAUCAUUUGAAUUAGUGUUGCGAUGGAACCAAAGCCUGCACACUCUGUAGCUGUCCAGGACCUGGGAGGGUGACCACUGGUUUAGGAGUUUAAAGAAAUAUAUAGUCUAAUGAUGUAAUUUCCUGUCGCAGGCUAAAGGGCGUGCGGUGAGCCGGCUGCUGGAGAGCUUUGCGGCUGACGAAGGAUUCCGAUUGGACGAGGACAGUAGCUUCUCCGAGGGGGAGGAGGAAGACAUGGAGCAUACAUCUCACACACACAGAGCACCAGGUGAGAACACACACACACACACACACACACACACACAGACACCACAGGGUCACAUACCAGUCUAAAUGUUCAUAUUUCUCUCUCUCUGCAGCACUGCUUAACUGUGUGCUGAGCAGGGAGAUGCUGGUGGAUGGUCUGAAGGUGUUGAUAUCUAAGGAGGAUGAGCUGCUGUAUGCUGCCCGACUACACACUCUGGACCUGCCUGACAUGUAAGUCACUGACACCUACUCAUAUGGCCUGCUUAAUCACAGAUUGACAUGUUAAUGCAAAGGACUGGCUGACUGCCUGGUAAUACAUUUAAUACAAUCUCUGUCUCUCUGUCUCACUCUCUCUCUUUCUCUCUUUCUCUCUCUCUCCAUCUCUCGCUCCUUCUCUCUCUCUCUCUCGCUCUCUCUCGCUCUCUCUCUCUCUCUCUCUCUCUCUCUCUCCCUCUCUCUCCUAGAUUCAGUGUAGUGAUCGAGGGGGAGAGGGGAAACAGACCUAGGAUCUACUCUCUAGAACAGCUAUUAGAGGAAGCGGUGUUGGAUGUGCGGCCGCAGACGGAAGCCAUCUUGACUGCCGGGAUGCGUGUUUGUGCCUACUGGAGCGAACGCUCCCGCUGCCUCUACCCUGGAUACGUCCACAGAGGGGGUCCGGGAGAGGAGGAGAAGGAGGGCAGUGUGAUGGUGGAGUUUGAUGAUGGAGACAGAGGAAGAAUCUCUCUGCCCAACAUACGCCUGCUGCCCCCAGGGUACCAGAUACACUGUGAGUACACUGCGCGCUCACACGCACACACACUCUCUCUCUCUCGCUCUCUCUCAUAUAUACACAUUCCUGGAGGGUAAAUAGGUGGUCUGGAGAAAACUGGAGUCUGUCAACAUUCAAUCCAGAUUUACUCUAGAAGUCUUUUUUGACCUCCCUCCCGCCCGUCUCGCUCUCCCCCUCUCUCCAUCUCUUUCUCUCUGUCACUCUCUCACGCUGUCACGCUCUCUCUCGCUCUGUCACUCUCUCAAAUUCAAAUUCAGAUUGCUUUAUUGGCAUGAAGUACAAUUUGUAGAUUUGUAGAUAUUGCUAAAACAGUAUAGUGGUACAGCAUUUCAGUAAAUACAGUAAAUACAGUACAAUGCAAUGAGGAUAAUGAAAUACAGUUCAUUUCAGUAGUAAUAAUAAUAGUACAUAUAAUCAUGUAUACAGGUACAACACUACUGCUGUUGUAUUGUGUAAUCUUCAGUCGAUACAUUUAAUUAACUGAAAUUAUAAAAAAGAAAAAGAAAGAAUGUCUAAUAAAUAAACUCUCCCUGUCACACUCUCGCUUUCUCUAUCUCUCUCUCAGGUGCGGAGCCAUCUCCAGCCCUGCUCUCACCUGGUCGUCGUGGUCGCAGAAGCUCCACCCAGGACAGUAGAGACAAGCCCACAGAGAGACCAACCAAUGGGGAGGCAGGAGGGAGGAGCCAGAAGCGGAGACCAGGUAAUGGCUCAGAGCGUAAUUCCAUCGUAUUACACUGAACAAAAACAUAAACGCUACAUGUAAAGUUUUGGUCCCAUUUUUCAUGAGCUGAAAUAAAAGAUCCAAGAAAUGUCCCAUACGCACAAAAAGCUUAUUUAUCUCAAAUUCUGUGCACAAAUGUAUUUGCAUCCCUGUUAGUGAGCAUUUCUCCUUUGCCAAGAUAAUCCAUCCACUUGACAGGUGUGGCAUAUCAAGAAACUGAUUAAACAACAUGAUCAUUACACAGGUGUACCUUGUGCUGGGGACAGUAAAAGGCCACUCUAAAAUGUGCAGUUUUGUCACACAACACAAUGCCACAGAUGUCUCAAGUUUUAAGGGAGUGUGCAAUUGGCAUGCUGACUGCAGGAAUGUCCACCAGAGCUGUUGCCAGAUAAUUGAAUGUUCAUUUCUCUACCAUAAACUGCCUCCGAAGUCGUUUUAGAGAAUUUGGAAGUACGUCCAACCGGCCUCACAAUCGCAGACCACGUGUAACCACGCCAGCCCAGGACCUCCACAUCCGGCUGCUUCACCUGCGGAAUCGUCUGAGACCAGCCACCUGGACAGCUGAUGAAACUGUGAGUUUGCACAACUGAAGAAUUUCUGCACAAACUGUCAGAAACCGUCUCGGGGAAGCUCAUCUGUGUGCACAUCGUCCUCACCAGGGUCUUGACCUGACUGCAGUUCGGCGUCGUAACCAACUUCAGUGGACAAAUGCUCACCUUUGAUGGCCACUGGCACGCUGGAGAAGUGUGCUCUACACAGAUGAAUCCCGGUUUCAACUGUACAGAGCAGAUGACAGACAGCAUGUAUGGUGUUGUGUGGGCGAGCGGUUUGCUAAUGUCAACGUUGUGAACAGAGUGCCCCAUUGUGGCGGUGGGGUUAUGGUAUGGGCAGGCAUAAGCUACGGACAAUGAAUUCCUGGAAGCUGAAAAUGCCCCAGUUCUUCCAUGGCCUGCAUACUCACCAGACAUGUCACCCAUUGAGCAUGUUAGGGAUGUUCUGGAUCGACGUGUACGACAGCGUGUUCCAGUUUCCGCCAAGAUACAGCAACUUCGCAAGCCAAUGAAGAGGAGUGGGACAACAUUCCACAGGCCACACUCAACAGCCUGAUCAACUCUAUGCGAAGGAGAUGUGUCACACUGCAUGAGGCAAAUGGUGGUCACACCUGAUACUGACUGGUUUUCUAAUCCACGCCGCUACCUUUUUAAAAGGUAUAUGUGACCAGUAGAUGCAUAUCUCUAUUCCCAGUCAUGUGAAAUCUAUAGAUUAAGGCCUAAUGAUUUUUUUUCAAAUGACUGAUUUCCUUAUAUGAACUGUAACUCAGUAAAAUCUUUUCAAUUGUUGCAUGUUGCGUUUAUAUUAUGUUGCGUAGAUGGUGCCAGUGCCUCCCAUUUGUUUGAAAUUGUGGCCUACAGCACCAGAGCAACACCAGUGAGAUAGAUAGCAUAGACAACCAGUCACCAGUCGUCUCAUCACUCACCAUCCCAGCCCCAAUCAGUCACUGUAGCCCCAAGACAAACUGCUUCAUAGUCAGACCAGCUUUACUCAUGUAUAAUACACAUAUAUAAUAUGAUUUUAUCUUACAACUUCUUCCUUCUGCAUGGAACCCCCCUCCUGCCUAACGUCAUCACUAUUCUAACUGUCACUGAUCUGAAUGCCCUCUAGUCAAACAGCAUUCUCAUAACUCAACACAGACUAAAUGUGACAAGUUGCCUCCAGCUCCACAGUAAGGGCUGUUAUUUAUGGUUACGAAGAAUUUGUUCUCAUUGACUUACCUGGUUUAAAGGAAGGUUAGGUUGAUCAGUCUUGUUUAGAAAUCUCUCUCUCACUGUCUACCUUUCUUUCUCACUCUCACCCUUUCUCUUUAUCCAGUAGGACGACCCAAAAAGGUCAAGCCAGGGGCCAAUAGUUCCACCACAACAUCAUCAGAGAGCGUAACCAGGGGUAACACUUCCUCGUUAAGCUGGCCAGCAAAGAGACUUCCAGCGGACUUCUUCCUGUUCAACGGGACGUCCCGUAAAACCCACCGAGUGGGUCGCCAGCAAGACCUGGGGGUGUUCCACCGCCCAGCCACACACCCCUUCGCCCCUCCCGCACCCCUCAAGGGCAUCUUCAGUUCCCCAUUCGAGAUCGACUCCUUCAGUAGCAUCGCCAAUGGUUACGCUGGAGCCUUCGGAACCGGAACCCACCGGCCUGUAACCACGGUUAUGCCUCUGGGGCUGAGGGACUCUGUCACCAUGCCAACAGUGCCCUCCAACAGGAAGUCGAGCGACAGGGACAGAAAACAGUUCCUGGUGAAGCUGGAUCACGAGGGCGUGACGUCGCCCAAAACCAAGAAUGGGAAAGCUCUGCUGCGUCUGGGGGGCGGCAGGGGGCACAAGGGUCCCUCUGCAGGGGUGGGGGGUGCACCCCUGAGGUACAUCCACUCUGCCCUGGUGGUGAAGGACAGAAAGAAAGGAGGAGGAGAGAGUGGAGUGUCCAGGUCUGAGCUGCUCCUGAAGGGGGCUCCAGCUCUCAUAAAGGGGCUCCCCUCAUCUGGUUUAGGAGGUCUGGGGGGAGAGUUUGGAGCUCUGGACUGUCCCAGCGACUGCCCCAGCUCUUACUCUGAGCUGGAUGAGGAUGAUGAUGAUGGAGAUGAAGACGUAGCUCGGAGGAGAGCAGCAGCGGCGGGCGCGGGACGUUUCCUCUCCCGUCUCUCCGUCUGCUCCUCCUCUUCCUCGUCUUCCUCCUCCUCUGGCUCCCUCUCUUCCUCCUCCCUCUGUUCUUCCGACUCCUCCUACUCCUCAGAUGAAGAAGAGUCUUCAUCCCUCCUUCUCCACCGAGCACUGCUCCAGCAGCAGAAACACAAACACAGACAGAGCUUGACCUCUAACCCCUUAACCCCUGACCCCUCCCCUAACCCCGCCUCCUCAGCCUCGACCCAACCACACGCCUACGUUGCCAAGUCAGCCAUGGCCAUCACCGGAGGUUCAAAGGUGAGAGGAAGUGACAGAGGAGAGGACAGGAAGGAGUACACAUCAAAGGGGAGGACUAAUAAUAGCAGUAGCGCAGCCAAAAGCCAAACCAAGAGGAGAGAUGGACCUGGCUCCAAUACACACAUUGCGACUCCCAACACACACACUCUGACUCCCAACACACACACUUCGACCCCCAACACCCCGGCCUCUCAGCCCAACCCUCCCAAGGACCACCCAGCAGCCAAGAGGCAGAGGAUGUUGUCACCGGACCCCCAUCCCAAUAUGUCCGCCCUCCUGCCGGGUCACCAGCUGUGGAAGUGGUCUGGAAACCCCACGCAGGUGAGAGGACACACAGAGUCAGAGUAGAGGCCAUUAUAACCUGUCCUGGAAGCUUGUAUGUGGGAGCCUUGAUGGUUAACACAGUCUGAAAUAGACUUAUUGAGUAAGGUCUUACUGAAUUUACUUUUUGAGUAAGAUCACUACAUUUGUGACCGACCGCCUCGAUUCGGUCUUAUGUAGCAACAUUUUAAAUUGUGUUUUUUACAUUGGAUAAAAGUAGAGACUCGGAGCUACAAAAUGGUAUGUCAUACACUGUGGUUGAGGAACAAUGGGAAAGUAAUUCUGCUUUGAAAGUUCAUAAACUUGUAACCCCACAUGUGAGGCCGUGUGCUAAACAGACUGAGUAAGGUAGUGUAGUAAACAACCAAAGAUUUCAAAACUAAAAGUGGUUUAAGUAGUUGCCUACAAUAAGGAAAAACUCCAUGUAAAAAUACACUUUAUCUAGUCCUUGGCCUGUAUCCUAAACUGACUUUGAAAGUGUCCAGAUACAAAUAUUUUAUAAAUAUUUUGUAAUUAUUAGAUGAUGCUUACCCAGACACUUGUCUAAAUUGAUGGGUCAUGUGAAAGAAAUGCUAUAACCACCUCUAGCUAAGUGGAUGUCACUAUUGUCUAGACAUGUACACAUGUUCAUGAAAUACAAUAGAUGGCCAUAAUCACCCCCAGACACACCUGGCUAACUUGAUGGGUCAUGUAUUCAUUAUUUUGCGAAGUGGAGUAUUUUGUUUAGACAUGUAGCUAGCUAGCUAAACAAUGAACGAUAAUCCCAACCCAUAGCUACAGUACAAAUGGAUUGUCAUAUCAAGCAUGAAAUGCUGGAGUAUGAAUCUGCAGGUAGCUAAAGCUAACCAACUAGGUUCAAUGUCAGCUAGCUAGCUAACAUUAGGCAAUAACUAGCAAUGCAAAUGGCUUUCUGAGAUAUGAAAAAUAUUACUACACAGAUCAUACACAUAACGUCAGCUAGCGAGCCAGCAAGCUAACGAUCGCUAGCUAGCUAAAAGUAUGCUUUAACUUGCAAUGAAAACUACUUUCUGACAAAAUUAGAAACGUAUAAUAUCUGAAAAUGUAGCUUGACUCUUACCCGUAUAUAUGGAUGAACGCUUCAUGGCAGCUUGUCUGUUCCAUUUGGUUUGUAGCUCGCUACAGCUUGUUUGGUCCAUUGUUGUGUCAAGUCACUCCGGUUCACACUGACCGUGUGCAGAAAGUAUUCCAUCACAACGUUUUCCCACUGAUCUUUGUCGAUUGCGCCUGCUAAAUUCUGGGCAGCAAUGUUGUUGAGAACAGUAGCAACACUUUUGCAGUUCUCCAUGGCUAACAUUAUAUCUUUCAAAAAAGCUGCGGUAGCAAGGAUUAUCUACACAUACUGAGCAGGUCAUGUUAUAGACAGAAGCGUGCUACAUGGCAGACCAAUCCGAACUCAUCUCUCGGCAUGUCCAGCCCAUCCAUUAUCUCAAACAAUCAUGGCUAGCGGGAAGGUUCCUGUCUUUUUCUGUGGCUAAACCAACUAGGCUCGUAAUUUAACAAUUGUAUUCGUAUUUACAGAUGGCAUACAAGUUUGUUAUUAAGGCACAUGACAGUUCACAUGUUCCAGAAGGCAUUUCUGCACCAAAACGCAUUUUGAUAAAACAUUUUUUUUAAACAUUCAAUUGCCACUCCUGUGAAGUAGUGAUGUGCGACAUACGCCUAGCUUCUUGAAACGGGUCACAUUUGAGAUACAAGCUACAGAAUAACCAGGGCCCUCUAAAUACUCUAAAGCAGUUGUAUUCAAAGUUGGAGUCAGGAGGAAUUGCAGUGGGGUCUCCAAAUUUAAAAAUGUAUAUUUAAUUUUUGAGGGGGGAACUCAAAAUUAAGAGUACAGAUUUAGAUUAUUUUAUGGGACAAAUGUUAUUGAGAAUGAUAAUUUGAAAAAUACAAUUUUAUUGUUUUGAUAGGAAAGAUGAAAAUGUAAUGAAUUGAAGGUUAUUUGUUGAUGUGAAAAUCUAAGUUUACCAAUUUUACAGUUGUGUCAUUAGAUUUGAGGUGGGGUGGGGUCGCCAAAAAAUGGCUGAAAAGGUUUUAAUACCACUGCUCUAAAGGCUCUGGCCAUAGCCAUUUUGCCAUCAUAGACGUUUGGUUCCAUGUUCUUACCUGGACUCCUUCCUAACUUCCCCCCUCUUUCUCUCCCUACAGAGGCGUGGUCUGAAGGGUAAGGCCCGUAAAUUGUUCUACAAGGCGAUCGUGCGUGGUGGUGAGACGGUGCGUGUGGGGGACUGUGCUGUGUUCCUGUCCCCCGGUCGGCCCCAGCUGCCCUACGUAGGGCGGGUGGAGAGCCUCUGGGAGUCCUGGUCCUCCAGCAUGGUGGUCAGGGUCAAGUGGUUCUACCAUCCUGAGGAGACACGCCUGGGGAAGAGGCACCACGACGGAAAGGUACAAUGGAUAAUCAUUCAACAACUUUUUGAUCAAAUGUAUCAACUAUUUGAUCAACAAUGAAUCAACUUAAAUCUAUUUCUCCAUGGGGAUUAAGGAAGUGGCACUUUAUUUAUCUUUUGAUUUUCUAUUUAUCUCUGUGUUUAACAUCUGUCUCCUUCUUCCCUCCUCUACCCAGCAUGCCUUGUACCAGUCAAGCCACGAGGAUGAGAAUGACGUCCAGACCAUCUCCCACCGCUGUCAGGUGGUCAACCGUGCCGAGUACGAGCACCUGAUCCGCAGACGCAAGUCAGGGGGCGGAGCUCAGGACCUGUUCUACCUGGCCGGGACCUACGAACCAACCACAGGCCAGCUAGUCAGCGCCGAAGGCGUGGCCAUCGUCCCCUAG